AUGGAAAAGCGGGAGGAAGCUAUUCAGGGCCACCAGGGUGUGAACCCGCAAAAUACCGCGCCCGACGAGAUCACUCAGGCGUCAUCUCGUGACUGGGAUGAGACGUACAAGGUCUUCAAGCAACAGGAUGGUGUCGAGAUUGACGCCCGCGAGGCGCAACGGGUGCUCCGAAAGAUCGACUGGCACAUCAUGCCGCUGCUGAUGGGCAGCUACAUGCUGCAAUAUCUCGACAAAUCUUGUAUCAACUUUGCUAGCGUGUAUGGGCUGCAACAGGGCACGAAUCUCCAUGACCAGCAAUAUUCCUGGCUGACGUCGAUUUUCUAUUUUGGCUACUUGGUUGCGCAGUACCCAGCGGGAUAUCUACUACAACGACUUCCAGUCGGCAAGUUCAUGGGCUCGUGUACUAUAGUGUGGGGGAUCCUCAUCAUAACUACUCCAGCAUGUAAGAGUUUUGCAGGCAUCGCUACCAACCGCUUUCUCCUGGGCGUGUUUGAGGCCGUGGUGAACCCAGGCUUUGUGCUCAUUAUGGCGAUGUGGUACACUAAGGCCGAGCAGCCGCUGAGACUGGUGACCUACUAUUGCAUGAACGGCUUCGCCGGCAUCUUCGGUGGCCUCUUGGGCUAUGCCAUUGGCCAUAUCAACUCCGGCCUUGGGAGGUGGAUGUACGUUUUUCUCAUUUUCGGCGCCAUCAGCCUCGUAUGGGGCAUCAUAUUCACCUUCUUCAUGCCCGACCUCCCUACCACGACUCGUUUUCUUAGUGUCCCUGAGACUGUCGUUGCGGUUGAGCGCGUGGCUGCAAAUCGCCAGGGCGUCAAGAACCAUCACUUCAAAAAGUAUCAGAUGUGGCAGACCUUUCGGGACCCGAAAACAUGGAUCCUUUUUGUCAUGGGUAUCGCUGCGCAGAUUCCCAAUGCCGCACAGACGACCUUCACAGCAAUCAUCCUCAAGACUUUCGGCUUCAACACGCUGCAGACACAGUACAUGCAAAUCCCCGGGAACGUCGUCCAGAUUGUAUCAUUGCUGCUUUCUGGGUGGAUCGCGUCUCGGUGGCCGAACAUUCGCUGUAUUGUCAUGACUGCCGGUAAUCUAAUCUGUGUUGCCUGUGGAGCGGUUCUCGUCGGCCUCAACCCCGGGCCGGAUGGGACAUCCAACCGCUGGGGCCGGCUGGUGGCCCUUUGGCUUUGCUCGAUCCAGUCGGUCGGCUUCAGUUUGAGCUUAACUAUGGUCAGUAGCAAUGUGGCAGGCUACACGAAGAAACAGCUGACUGCCGCUUUUCUAUUCAUCGCGUACUGCGUUGGUAAUAUUAUUGGGCCGCAAACGUUCAAGGAUAGCGAGGCACCAUUCUAUCACUCGGCGUACACUGCUAUUCUCAUCGGAUAUUCUGUUAAGACCAUCAUGGUCUUGGUGCUAUACGCGUACAUGUGGAGCGUCAACAAGAAGCGUGACCGCGCGGCUGCGGCAGACCCGCGGUCUGCUGAAGAGUUGGAGCAGGAGGCUGUCGAGAUGGGUAUGCGUGAUGUGACCGAAAUCGACAACAAGGGCUUCAGAUAUGUUCUGUAG